AUGGCUAACGAAGCAACACCGCACUCCAUACAAAUUGGCACCUUCCACUCAGCCGAAACUAUACCCAAUGCCAUAUCCAACGACCAUAAAGGGCUGGUGGUACAUGAUCAGGAUCUGUUUCGUGUAGACGGCCUUGAUGCUCCAGAGAUCCCGUACCCGUCAAGCUGGUUCAAGCGUUUCCUCUAUGACUACAACGCAGAGGUUGGCGAGUUCUUCGCCAUGUUUGUGUUCGUGUUUAUCGGAUGCUGCAUCACGGCACAGGUUGUUUUCCGGAUACCUCAUAGUGAGGGAAGCAUGGAUCUGUCUGUAAGCUUCGGAUGGGGCUGCGCCCUUGUCUUGGCUGUGGUGAUCAGUGCUGGUACAUCAGGGUCUCACCUCAAUCCCGCUAUCACCAUCAGUAAAGCUGUGUUCGGCCAUUAUCCGUGGAAGCGCGUCCCCAGCAUGGUGCUUGCCCAGACGCUAGGAUCUUUCGUUGGUGCUCUUUUCACCUGGCUCUAUUACUACCCAAUGUGGGACCUGGUUAACCCAGGCCAUCGCCAGAGCAUUGGUACAGCACCGACAGCAGUGAUAUUCGUAAGCCAGCCGCUGAAGCCUGGUAUCUAUCACAACGCAAACCUGUUCUUCAACGAGGCGAUGAUGACAUUUUGCAUGCUGUUUGCUGUGCAUUUCGUUGCUGACAAGCGCAUGACGGCUAGCAUCACUACUGCAUCACUUAUACUGGGCUUUAUGUUGUCUGCUGUUUUACUGGGCGGCGCGCAGGUCAGCAUUAUAACAAUUAAUCCAGCGCGUGACUUUGGCCCCCGCCUGUUCAUUGUGAUGGCUGGUUGGCACGAUACUUUCAAGGUCUACAACUACUACUUCUAUGUGCCGCUUAUCUCUCCUAUUGUUGGUGGUAUUGCAGCCCAGGGCCUCUUUGAUUACCUGAUGGUGCCUGAGAUCCCGUACCCGUCAAGCUGGUUCAAGCGUUUCCUCUAUGACUACAACGCAGAGGUUGGCGAGUUCUUCGCCAUGUUUGUGUUCGUGUUUGUCGGAUGCUGCAUCACGGCACAGGCCAUAUUCCGGAUGCCCCAUAGUGAGGGGAGCAUGGACAUUACUAUAUGCUUCGGAUGGGGCUGCGCCCUUGUCUUGGCUGUGGCUAUUGGCGCUGGCACAUCGGGUGCUCACCUCAAUCCCUGCUAUCACCAUCGGCAAAGCUGUAUUCGGUCCAUUAUCCGUGGAAAGCGCGUCCCCAGCAUGGUAUUCGCCCAGACGCUAGGGUCAUUCGUUGGUGCUCUAUUCACCUGGCUCUAUUACUACCCAAUGUGGGACCUGGUUAACCCAGGCCAUCGCCAGAGCGUUGGCAAAGCACCGACAGCAGAGAUCUUCGUCAUCCAGCCAUCCAAGUCGGGGAUAUAUACCAACACAAACCUGUUCUUCAACGAGGCGAUGAUGACAUUCUGCAUGCUGUUUGCUGUGCAUUUUGUUGCUGACAAGCGCAUGACAAUGUCCGCUACCACUGCCCCGGUCCUACUUGGGCUAAUGCUGACUGCUAUUUUGCUGGCUGGUAGCCAGGUUAGCGCCAUCGGGAUCAACUCGGCGCGCGACUUUGGCCCCCGCCUGUUCAUUGUGAUGGCUGGCUGGCAUGAUACGUUCAAGGUCUACAACUACUACUUCUAUGUCCCGCUCAUCUCGCCGAUUGUCGGUGGUAUUGCUGCCCAAGGUCUCUACGACUACCUGAUGGUGCCAGAGGUCUCCAAGGGCAAACUUAAGCGCCAGCACUAA